UUGAUAGAAAAAAAAUGCACUCUCAACAUGGCUUCCAAUUCCAACUAAAUUACUUUUCACUCUAACCACCACAUGCUUAGACUAACUUCCAUUCAUCUACCCACAAACUCUAAUGAUUAUUGAUUUUGACUCAUGUCACCCACUAUAUCUUUCAUCAUACAAAAAUCCAAAAAAAACAUACGAGUACACUAUGAACACUCGCUAUAUUAUCCUUUAAAAUUCAGUACUAACUUUCUGCAAAAUUCUCAUCAAACUCCAUACUCUUACACACUUCCCCACUCCCACCCCCACCCCAACGCCCACCCCACACCAUGGAUGUAGUAACUUUUGGCAUCAUAAUAGGAAUAAUAAUACUAUUCUUCUGUGCUGUUUGUGUAAUCACCAUAGAAGGCACUUGCAAGAACCGCAAUUCUUGAUUUCUAAUACCCUUUUCCCAAAUACACCCUUAUCACUCCUCCCCCCCCUCCCCCCGCCACACCCCACACACACACACACACAAAACCCCACAUAAAUUUAGGGUUUUUCACUAAUUUUGUUCUUGCCCAAAUUGUCAACAUGUCCAAAAAAAUUGCUUCUUUCUGGAAAAAGAUUUGUUUUUUCUUGAUCAUUAUUAGUUUUUUGUGGGCAACUAUUUCUGGCCAGUGUAGCCAUGGCCAUGUUCAUGGUCAUGAGGGGCAUCAUCAUCAUGGACAUGGGAUGAGUGAAGUGAAGGAGAGGAAGCUUUUAGAGGAAUUGGCAGAAGAGGAGGAUUUGAAACUGUACGGAUUUGGGUCACAUGGUGAUAUGGAUGGCCACCACCACCACCAUCAUCAUCAUCAUGGACAUGGUGUCAAGGAUCUUAGUGGUCUUGGUCUAUGGGUCAGUGCGAUGGGUUGCUCACUAUUGGUGAGCUUGGCUUCCCUUAUCUGCCUGAUUCUUUUGCCUUUAAUAUUUAUACAAGGGAAGCCGUCAAAAACAGUUGUAGAUUCCUUGGCUUUAUUUGGGGCAGGAGCCAUGCUCGGGGAUGCUUUCCUUCACCAAUUGCCACAUGCUUUUGGUGGUGGACACUCCCACUCACAUGAUGACCAUCUUCACGAUCACUCCGGUCAUUCACAUGCCCAUUCAUUGGAGGAUCUUUCCAUUGGAUUGUCCGUAUUGGCUGGAAUUGUGCUCUUUCUUAUUGUUGAGAAGCUUGUGAGGUAUGUUGAGGAUUUUUCUGAAGGAUUCCAUGGCCACCACCACCAUCAUCAUCAUAUGCACUUCACAAAAUUGAAGGAUGCUGAUGACCGUCUCCAGGAACUAUCUAAGGAGAAUGGUGGAAGUUUAUCAGAAAAGGCAGCUGGAGUGAAUGGGGUGUCUGCUGACUCUCCAAGUGGGGAAAAACCAAGUGGAGGAGCUACUCUCCGGAAGAGGAACACGGGCUCCAGUGCUGCUGAAGACAAUACUGCUUUAGAUGCUGCAAAUGGCUCAACCAAUUCUACCUCAUUUGGAGAGGAACAAGCUAAGCCACAGUCAAGCCUUGUCUUUGGUUAUCUCAACCUCUUCUCAGAUGGUGUUCACAAUUUUACUGAUGGGAUGGCUUUGGGAAGUGCCUUCCACCUUUAUGGAUCAGUUGGUGGGUGGUCAAGAACUGUGUUCCUUCUUGCACAUGAGCUCCCUCAAGAGAUAGGUGAUUUUGGAAUCUUGGUAAGGUCUGGGUUCAGCGUCUCCAAAGCCCUCUUCUUUAACUUCUUGUCUGCACUUGUGGCACUAGCUGGAACUGCAUUGGCAUUGACGUUGGGACAAGAUUCUGGUCAUUCGUCAUUGAUUGAGGGAUUUACUGCUGGUGGCUUCAUCUACAUUUCGGUUGCUGGAGUGUUGGCUGAAAUGAAUAAUAGUGGCAAGACGACAUUGGUGAAUACUGUAAUCCAACUUAUCUCUCUGGUAUCAGGGAUGGCUGUUGCUCUUUGCAUCUCCCUUGUUGAAUGACGAUAUACAAUACUUCUUGCAUUCGUAUAGAGGAGAGACGGUUGGCAUCUUCCCUGAUUGGUAUGAGAAGAGUCCUACGGGUUUACCUGUUAGGACACAUCCAGCCAAACAAUACACAUUACUUGUAUCAUGAAUUCAUCUCUUUCAUUUAUUUUCUUCUCUUUUUGAACGUCAUUGGCUGUAUCAAUUUGCAAAAGAGGAUAAUAUAUGAUGUCCCAAUGUAAA